AUGUUUAUCGCUGAUCUGCGAAAGGACUUCUAUCAGCAGCUCGCCGGAAAACGCAUUCUAGUGCUGGUCAACUAUGAUCUCGAUGCGAUCUGCGCCAGCAAGAUACUGCAAACAUUGUUCCGUUGCGAUAAUGUGCUCUACUCGGUUGUGCCGGUCAUGGGCCUGUCGGCCAUGAAACGGGCAUUCAACGAACACAGGGGAGAUGUGAGGUAUGUCCUAAUGGUAAAUUGCGGCGGUUGUAUCGACAUCGUGGACGUGCUUCAACCGGAACAGGAUGUCGUCUUCUUCAUCUGUGAUUCCCAUCGACCCUAUGAUGUGUGUAAUGUGUAUAGCGAUGGGCAGGUUCGCAUUCUGGGAGAAAUGAACAAAAAUGAAAAUAUACCUGCCUUUGAGGACAUUUUUCAAGACUCCGAUGACGAAAGUGGCGACGAGGAGGAUGUUGCCGGAAGCGAUAGCGAUGACGAAACAGCUCCUGACGGAAGAAAUAAAGAUCGUAUCCAGCGUAUCGAACAGCGCCUGUUGCGUCGCCGUGAGCGAAAAGCCUGGCAGGAACGGCGGUUAACACUCAUGUUUGAAUAUGCACAGUACGCCUAUUAUGGCCCUAGUUCUGCGCUCGGAAUCUUCGAACUAGCCUGGCGCUUGUCCAAAGACUCUAUCGAUCUACUCUGGUGGGCGAUCGUAGGUGUGACGGAGCAAAAACUGCUGGGCAAGGUGGAGAGCUCAUCGUACACGCUGCUUAUUGAAAAGAUCCAAUCGCACGUUUCGCGGCUUACAAACAAGGCCAGCGACCAGGCCAUCCAGACGUCGGUCAAAAUUGUUUUCGAAAGCGAUCUUCAGCUGGCCUUAUUUCGACAUUGGAGCGUGCUAGAUUCGCUUCGCUAUUCUUACUAUCCCGCUUGCCGGUUAAAGCUGUGGACGUACAAGGGUGAGAAGCAAAUGAAUGAACUGUUAGUCGAUAUGGGACUGCCAUUGGUCCAGGCAAAGCAAACCUUCAAUGCAAUGGAUCUCGUGCUUCGGAAAGAAUUCUACGAGAAGGUUGAAAAAUUCGCUGAAAAGUACAAUAUGGCUGACGUUACAUACGGCUCGUUUAUGUUACAGUACGGCUAUCGGAAUAGAUACUCCGCUGCUGAUUACGUCUAUUCGAUGAUGGCUACCCUAGAAUCUGUCCGUCAGGAUCGCCUACCAGAGGCGUGUUUUCUCCAGUCGAUGGACGCCCUAUCGCGUAAUAAAAAACCGAUCCUCGACGAUGGAAUAGAGCUGUGCAAAACGCUACUGAUGACUAUUUUUAAACAAGUCCAAAGCUCACUGGAGCUACAUCAGAUUCGAUCUGCUGGACCCUUUUUGUAUCUCGUACUGCAGGACGAAGUACCUUUCUUCAGCUGCCCCUACGGUUUGUUACUCUUGGCGCGCUUCUUGUUACGCGCACACGUGGCUGUUUCGAGAAAUCGCAGAGCACAAGAACUGCCGCUCAUUGUGGUCUCACCUAUUGAUCUGCCGCGAGGGAUCUCCUUGCUUGCCGGCGUGGCCCCCGUUUGCGAAGAUAGUCGACAUUUCUUCGCCAAAGCCUUUGAAGAGGCGGGAAAUCGAAGUGGUGCCGUAUUUUCACAAGAUUUCUUCGAAACAGCCGUUAUACAGAUCCAGCAAUCGGAUUGUACGAAAUUUCUUGAUGCACUCACCGUCAUGUUAAGCUGA